UUGGCGGCCGGGUGACUGGGAGGUGGGCUGACGCUGGUCAAGGAAGCGGGAGGCUUGACCGAGCUGGGCUCCAGGGCAUCGCGGGCCCGCGGCGAUGUCUCUGAUGAGUCCCAGCGGUUGCGUCUCUGAAGGGAAUGGCGCGUAACCCGGGGGAGCAGGAGCCUGUUGUGGGCAGAAUUCAGAUGAGCUGGACCCUGCUGCAAGCAGCGCCCCCAGGAGCCUGGAGAUGGCACCAAAGACCAAGAAGGGAUUGAAAGGCUCCAUCGCUGAUGUCCUUGGUGACCUCCUGGCGGAUGAGAUGACACCACCUGAGAAGCCUGUUAAACUUGCUUCACAUGCCAGAGAUAAUACAGGCAGAGCCCAGGCGCUCCCUGCUGCAAGGACAAGAGCAAAGUCCCUCCUGGAGAACGACGCCUACAGCACCAUGGCGGACCUGGCGGGAGCUGAUGCCGAGGUCUCGGACGUCUCAGAGGCAGACCCGCAGGCUUUGCUCCAGGCCAUGAAGGACCUGGAUGACAUGGAUGCCGAUCUGUUAGGUCUGAAGAAGUCUCAUCCAGCUUCUAGCAGAAGCCCUACAAAGGGUUCUGGGAAGGAAGAGCUGCCUAGCAACCCCAAACCUGCUGAUAUGUUAACAGCCAACGAGAAGGGGGAUGCCAUUCCCACCAGGAAGCCAUCUCCGUCUCUCAGCAGCUCUGGGCAUCAGUACAAGAGGUUUUCUUCUGAAGAUGUGGAAGACCCGUUGGCAGGACUUCUCUCUGAUGACGAGGAAGGAGUCACCAAGAAGCCGCCUGGGACAGAGAGUAAAGCCAUUUCUGAGAAGAGCCCGGCCCCAGCCAGAGAUCAAGGUCCCUCUGUUCCUCUAACUCCUGGGGACACCCCCAUCCGAAAGAAAGAAGAAUUGUUCUUUGACGAUGAGGACGACCUCAUGGCUGCCCUGGGGUUUGGAGACAGCCCCAAAGCAGAGAGGAGGCAGACGGGAGACCGGGGAGGGCCUCCCCCUGCUCGCUCCAAGCUGGAUGAGCCGCUGGGCCGAGGCUCUGCCUCCAAACACCUGGCCCAUCCAGACCCCGGGGAGCACCAGGAGUUCAAGCUGGACAGGAAGUACCAGAGGCCACAGGACAAAGAAGAUAGUUGGGGCAACGAGGACUUCAUCUUUGGGGCCUAUCAGCCCACCGUGGGCUCCUCCGAGAGCCGGCAGUCCCGCCGGCAGUCGGUCAGUAGGUUCUUAGCAGAAGGCGGCACAGACACCAGGGGAGAACGAGGCUCCACGCAGAGCACCCCAGCAACAACCAGCCCCCCCCACCCCAGGAAGGGAGGAGCUGACUGGUUGGGCCUCAAGGACGAAGAUGAGGACCUGCUCCCUCCCUCUCCCACCAGGGAGCCUCAGAGGGAGGGCUCUGCACUCUCCACACCCUUUGUGCCCCAUCCUGAGAACCAGCUUUCUGCUCUGGGCCAGCACUCUGCCCCAGCAGGGCUGCCCCCCUCCUCCAUCGGGGCAAAGCCACCGCCCGAGGGCGCUGGUGCCCCUGCCACAGCCAGCCGGCCUUCCCAGCUGGGAGCAUCCGAGGAGACCGAGGAGGAGGACUGGCUGAGCCAUGCCUUGUCUCGGAAGAAGUCCCGAGGUCUGGCCAGAGAAGAGCACGCUCUGACCUCGAAGGGCUUGAACUGGGAGCGGGCAGCUGGCCAACCCCCUUCCAGCAGCCAGCCUGUUUCCAACACUCAAGGGCUCAAGCAGGCAGCUGCUGAAGGGACCUCAGGACCAGCAGUGCAGAAGCCACCUGCCCGGCCUGCCACUGCGGGGUCCUCUGUGACAUGGAACCCGACCACCUUGGCCCUCUAUGCAGGUGACUCAAAGAAGCGCACAGCCCCUGGAGACGUUUCUGGCACUGGGCCUGCAGUGUGUGUCCCGAGCUCCCAGGAACCCACGGUGUGUUCGGUGCCUGUCCAGUUCCCGCUCCCCGAGUCCUUGGCACAGCACUUGCUGCCGGGCACAGAAUAUCAGAGGCAGCUCCUGGCUGCCCAGGCACAGCUUCAGAGUGGCACUGCCGAGCUUCAGGCUGAGCUGCUGCAGAGUCAGGCCCGGCUGGCAGAGCUGGAGGCCCAGGUGCGGAAGCUGGAGCUGGAGCGGACCCAGCACAAGCUGCUGCUGGAGGGUUUGCAGCAGCGACACCAGGCUGACCUGGAGCUCAUCGAGAAUGCUCACAGAAGCCGUGUCAAGGUGCUAGAAACAUCGUACCAGCAACGGGAAGAGCGGCUGCGGAGGGAGAACGAGGAGCUGUCUGCCCAGUACUUGUCUCACUGCCAGGAAGCUGAGCAGGCCCGAGCGGAGCUCAUGGCCCAGCACCAGCGGCGCUUGGCAGCGGCUGCGCAGGAAAAGGACCAGGAGAUGGAGCGGCUCCGGGAGCUGCAGCGGGCCUCCAUCCUGGAGAUGCGCAAGGACCACGAGGAGCAGCUGCAGCGGCUGAAACUGCUGAAGGACCGAGAGAUCGAUGCUGUCACCAGCGCCACCUCCCACACAAGGUCCCUGAAUGGCGUCAUCGAGCAGAUGGAGAAAUUCUCCAGCAGCCUGAACGAGCUGUCCUCCCGUGUGGAGGCCUCGCACCUCACCACCGCUCAGGAGUGGGAGCUGGGCAUCCAGCAGCAAGACAAGCAGCUCCGAGCAUUGCAGGAGAGGCUGGGCCACCAGCAGCGGGACAUGGAGGAGGAGCGGAGCCGGCUCCAGGAGGUCAUUGCGAAGAUGGAGGCCCGCCUGAACGAGCAGAGCCGGCUACUGGAGCAGGAACGCUGGCGGGUGAGCGCCGAGCAGUCCAAGGCGGAGUCCACGCAGCGCGCCCUGGAGGAGCAGAGGAGGAUCAAGGCCCAGCAGAUGGCCAUGGAGCGCGAGGAGCUGGAGAGGGCCAAGAGUGCCUUGCUGGAGGAGCAGAAGUCCGUCAUGCACAAGUGUGGGGAGGAGCGGCGGCGCCUGGCAGCUGAGUGGGCUGAGUUCUUCGAGCAGCAGAAGCUGAGUAAGGAGAGGGCCGAGCGAGAGGCGGAGCGGGCGAUGCAGGUGGACACCCAGCGGGAGGGCACUUUCGUCAACCUGGUCAAGGAGCAGGCAGAGCUGAAGAUCAGGGCAAGUGAGCUCCGGGCCAAGGAGGACCAGCUGGCAGCAGAGAGGGAGGCUCUGGAGCGGGAGCGGCAAGAGCUGCGGCUGGAGAAGGAGAGGGUCAGCGCUGCUGCCCUGCGCACCAGACUCCGUGCAGAGGAGGUGGAGAGGAUGAGCCAGGUGGCCUCAGAGAAGUACGAGGAGGGGGAGCGGGCGUUGCGUGAAGCCCAGCAGGUGCAGUCAGAGCAGCAGGCCCGGCUGCAGCUGGUGCGGCGGCAGCAGGAGUGGCUGCAGCAGCAGGAACAGCACGUGCACCAGGAGCAUCUGAGUCUGGCCCAGCAGAGGCUGCAGCUGGACCGUGUCCGACAAGACCUACCCCCUGGCCCCAUGGGGCUGUUCUUCAGGGCCCAGGGCCUGGCAGCCUCCAGCCCGAGUGGCUUCUCAGCCGCGGUUCCUGCUGCCACCAAUCCUCAGAGCAGCCAGCCACCCACCAGCCUGGGCCCCUCGCUCCUCCACGCCAAGCUGGUGCUGCUGAAACACACAGCGGAGCAGGACCGGGACUUCUUGGAGAAUGAACAGUUCUUCUUGGAGACCCUGAAGAAAGCCUCCUACAACGUGAUCUCUCAUUCGGCCUGAAGGGCCCCGCUGCCACCUCAACAGAGGACUCAGACCCUGGCACUGUCCCCACUGCCCCCCUGACCACCAGCUCCAGGGAGGGGCUGCCCAGGGCCUGGUAACAGCUCUGCGUGUAGACUGGGAGCCGGGCCUUCUUUCCGAGCGUACCCCCUCAUUGCCGUGGCGGGCAGGCGCCGCUGUGCCUCUAGGCUUUGUGGUACAGUGGCCUCUGGGGAGAAACAGCGCUGAGGGAUCUCAGCUCCAACACACUGUCGGCCUCAGCUUUGGUUCACCUGUGCCACGGACGUCCAGCUCAGACCCCGGGACCUGACUGGGCUCUGUGGAUCCCUGCCUUUGGGGGGGUCUUCUCGAGGGAUGACCCAGCAACCUCCUGCCCUCUGCCCAAGAGGCCGGCAGAGGCAGCACCGUGCCCCCCCACUCCCGCCAGUGGGGAUGUGGAGUGGGGCCACAGGUUUGGAAGGACCUCCUGUUGGUCAAGGGCGGAGGGUGGGGGGCAGGCAGGGUGCCAUACCUGGCCAGCCUUUACUUCACAGCCAGCCCCUCCUGCCCUUGGGUGGGCUCAGGCCAAGUCCCUGCUCCUUCCCACCUGCCUGGCUUGGCAUGGACACUGGCCUUGUUGGCUUUUUCUAAUAGGCACCCCAAAACUGGGGGUGUUGGGGUGGGGGAAGGGCAGGGCACGAAGGCUUCUCUUGUUCUGUUCACCUGCCACAAGGCCACAGCCAGAUGGGAAUGAAAACAACAGAUCGAGGGCCCCUGCCCUGGGAGGGUACAGAGCGCUGGGGAGCCCUGAGGGACACACUCUGAUGCCCCCUGACCCAGACCCAGGUGGCGCGGGCCAAGACCAGCUGGAGGGGAGGGGUGGGAAUCAAUUGCUUAUAAAACGGCUUCUGCAGGCGUGAUAAAUGAAGGCUAAGGGCAGAAAGUGUCCCAGUAGCAGGAGGGCCCCGAGGGGCAGUCUGUCCUCUCUCUGGACAGCUUCCAGAGCCGCCUUCCUGCUCUGCCGGCAACUCACAGUCUUCGUCCUGGACCCCUUGGAUUGCUAUAUGAUUUUUUUGAAAUCCAACUUCAUUUCUUGCCAUACAUGAUUCUGAGACAGCCUUUCUAUUUUAUGGUUUCACAAUUUCACUCUAUGUAUGUGUCCACAAAUAAUAAAUACAAAAUAUUGA